AUGGAGCAACAAGCAACCACCGAUCACUCCUUGUUGUUCGCCGCAAUGAAGAAUGAGCUAAGGCGAAUCAGUGACCAACAAAUGGAGAUGUUACACACUCGUUUUGACGAGUUGUCCAGGAGUCUUACACGAGGCUCUCGUUCUAGAUCCCACAAUCGGAGUAACCACAGCACCAAAGAGGCAAAUGGCGAAGAUUACUCCGCUAGUGAGGAUGAGGGGCGACCCGAGAGGUCUACAAGGGACACGCCCAAGAACGAACUCAAGGGGCUUAAGAUUCAAGUCCCCGCAUUCAAAGGCAAAAGUGACCCUGAAGCUUACUUAGAGUGGGAAGGCCGUAUCGAGAUGUGCCCAAACCAACGGGUCAUGCUCAUCACUCACAAUGGCGAAAUCGUGUCUGAAGAUGACGAAUGUGAGGAGAUGCCCGAACUGGUCGAAGACGACUGCCUGGAAGAGGAGUCAGCUGGGGAGGCCAGCUCGCCUACACGAGGAGAAGUAGGUUGCUUGGUGGCACGGCGAGUGCUAACCGCCCGCGUUAAGGAGGACGAGCAGCUACAACGCGAAAACCUUUUCUACACCCGCUGUAAGAUAGGCGACAAGGUGUGUAGUCUCAUCAUCGACGGUGGGAGUUGCACGAACGUGGCCAGUUUGCUCAUGGUUGAGAGUCUAAGACUCCCCACUACCAGGCAUCCAAAUCCUUACCGCCUCCAAUGGCUAAGUGAGGAUGGUGAGUGCCCAAACCAACGGGUCAUGCUCAUCACUCACAAUGGCGAAAUCGUGUCUGAUGAUGACGAAUGUGAGGAGAUGCCCGAACUGGUCGAAGACGACUGCCUGGAAGAGGAGUCAGCUGGGGAGGCUUGCUCACCUACACGAGGAGAAGUAGGUUGCUUGGUGGCACGGCGAGUGCUAACCGCCCGCGUUAAGGAGGACGAGCAGCUACAACGCGAAAACCUUUUCUACACCCGCUGUAAGAUAGGCGACAAGGUGUGUAGUCUCAUCAUCGACGGUGGGAGUUGCACGAACGUGGCCAGUUUGCUCAUGGUUGAGAGUCUAGGACUCCCCACUACCAGGCAUCCAAAUCCUUACCGCCUUCAAUGGCUAAGUGAGGAUGGUGAGGUACGAGACUUCAAACAGGUACGCAUUCCCUUUUCAAUUGGUACUUACACUGAUGAAAUCGUGUGCGACGUAGUACCAAUGCAUGCUACGCAUAUCAUUUUGGGAAGGCCCUGGCAAUUUGACAAACACGUCACAUUCGAUGGAAGAGCAAAUAAGUACACACUUUUGCACGAUGGCAAACGUAAGGUCCUUACACCUCUCACACCUGCACAAGUUUAUGAGGACCAACUACUAUUGCAAAGGGAGUGUGAACAAGACCGUCAAAGGAGGAAACUAAAGGCGGUGGGCCAAGGUCCGUGCACACAUCAUCAAGGGAGCACACCUAGGGGUAUACAUGACAAAUCACCUACCGCACCUACCACUAGGAAGCACAACAUGAUUAUUAAGGCUAAAGAUGUUAGAAAAGUGGUGAACUCUAAUCAGCCUAUACUUCUCAUGAUUUGCAAGCAUGUGCUCUUGGAUGUUGCUGAGCUCGACAAGGUGUUGCCUGUGAGCAUAGUUGUUCUUUUAGAAGAAUUUGAGGAUGUUUUCCCUAACGAGGUCCCUGAUGGCUUACCACCCAUUCGGGGAAUUGAACACCAAAUCGACCUCAUUCCUGGAGCACCAUUGCCCAACAAACCUGCUUACCGCAUGGGCCCUGAGGAGACCAAGGAGCUUCAAAGGCAAGUUGAUGGCCUCUUAGGUAAGGGUUGGGUAAAGGAAAGUCUAAGUCCUUGCGCUGUGCCUGUGAUACUUGUUCCCAAAAAGGACGGUACUUGGCGCAUGUGCACUGACUGUCAGGCUGUGAACGCUAUCACUGUCAAAUAUCGUCAUCCCAUUCCUAGACUUGAUGAUAUGCUUGAUGAACUCAAUGGUGCCAUUAUUUUCACCAAAAUAGACUUAAGGAGCGGCUAUCAUCAAAUUCGGAUGAAAGAAGGCGACGAGUGGAAAACAGCCUUCAAAACCAAACAUGGUCUCUAUGAGUGGCUAGUCAUGCCUUUUGGCUUAACUAAUGCCCCUAGCACCUUCAUGCGACUAAUGAACCAUGUGUUGAGACACUUUAUUGGCAAGUUUGUCAUUGUUUACUUUGAUGACAUCCUGAUCUAUAGUCGUAGUGAGCAUGAGCACCUAGAGCAUGGGCAUCAAGCGAGACAUGGAGCAACAAGCAACCACCGAUCACUCCUUGUUGUUCGCCGCAAUGAAGAAUGA